UGAAGUUUGGCAGUGAAGCAGUUAAAAUAGAAGGUGGUGGCCUCUUGGUUUCUCAGGUGUCAGGGGCAGCAAACUGGAUAGCAACCGAUCCUCCAGGAGUGUGUGAGGAGGACGCUACAAAGGAGGAGAAGGAAGGAGGAGAAGGAAAAGGCUAAGUAGCAAAGAGCAGGAGUCAUGAUGAAAUGAAAACUAAAGAGGUGACUGAACGGAUGGAGAGGAAGAAAGGAAGGACACUAUCAUCAAAGAGAAGCAGUGUCUCGUCAGAAUGCUGGAGCAGGUGAACGACUUUCAGGGUCAGAACUUUAAAAAGCUGAGGCGGGCCUGCCUGCGUCGAGGCGUGCUCUUCAAGGAUCCCCUGUUCCCCGCCACCACCCAAUCCCUGUUUUACAAGAGGACUCCCCCACCGGGACUGGCCUGGAAGAGGCCAAGGGAAAUAUGUAAGGAUCCUCGUCUGUUUGUGGACGGCAUCAGCACUCGUGACUUGCACCAAGGCAGCUUGGGUAACUGCUGGAUGGUGGCGACUAUUUCCUGCCUGGCAUCUGAGCCAUCACUGUGGAAGAAGGUCAUUCCAGACCAUAUGGGUCAGGAAUGGAACCCAAAACGUCCUGACCUAUAUGCAGGUAUCUUCCAUUUUCGGUUUUGGCGCUUUGGCUACUGGACAGAUGUUGUGGUGGAUGAUCGUCUGCCGGUCAGUGAGGAUGGACUGCUGCUCUUCUGUCGCUCUGCCACACCAAGAGAGUUUUGGAGCGCCCUUCUAGAGAAGGCCUACGCCAAACUGAACGGUUGCUAUGAAGCUCUGGAAGGAGGGAACACUACGGAGGCCUUGAUCGACUUCACUGGUGGGGUUUCAGAGUCCCUCAGUCUGGACUGUAAGGCCCUCAGCCUCCACAAAGAUCAGAGGAAGUCUCUUUUCCAGACAUUGUCAAAGAUUCAUGAGCACAAAUCCCUCAUCACCUGCUCCAUACGGCCUGCUGAGGGGGAGACUGUGGAGUCUGUGUUGGACUGUGGACUUGUGCGGGGACACGCCUACGGGAUCACAGCGGUGAGGAAGGUGAGGCUGGUGGAGAGGCUGCUGAGGACGGGUGGGUCGCCUCGAGUCUUCCUGGUGCGGAUGAGGAACCCAUGGGGCACCGCGGACUGGAGGGGUGCCUGGAGUCAGGGGUCAAAGCAGUGGCAGGAGUUGAGUCGAGCAGAGAGGGAGAAGAUGGGGCUCAUUGUUCGGGACGUUGGGGAGUUCUGGAUGAAUUUCCAGGACUUCUGUCGUUACUUCACAGACGUGGUGGUGUGCCGGCGAGUGGAGAGGAAUCUUCUAUGGCCCAGAUCACACUGGAGGGAGGUGAAGUGCUUUGGAGAGUGGGCCCUGGCUCCUGCUCACCCUGGGGCAUCUCCCUCCACCACUCACUACAGUAACACCCCUCUGACUCGGAGCAGAAACAAUGUGAGGCCUGAAGGGACCGGGCAGCGGGGUAGUCGGAAAGAGACCCAGCUUGGAGAAACCCAUCUGGAGAGUCGAAAGGGAGGAGACUGUGAUGCUGGUAAGAUUAGGAAAAAAAGGACCAAGGAUUCAGAAGAGAGUGGAGAUUGGGAGGUGUCGAUGGACAGGAGAAGUCGAUGUGGAGGAUGCAUCAACCACAGGGACACCUUUUUAUACAAUCCACAGUUUAUGUUUGAGGUGCAAAACAAAGAGGAGGAGUUGCUGAUCUGUCUACAGCAGGAGGACAGGAGGAUCUGGAAGAAAAAUGGAGGAGGAGAGAACCUCCCAAUUGGCUUUGAGGUGCUGAAGGUGGAGGCGAACCGCAGCAGCCGGGUGCAGCGUGUGGUGGAGCAGGCAGCCAGCUCCAUCUACAUGGACUCUCGUAGCGUGACUCUGAGGAGAACGCUAGCGCCAGGUCGUUACGUCGUGCUGCCCACCACCUUCCUCCCGGGCUCCAUUGGGCGUUUCCUGCUUCGCCUCUUCUCCCACUCUCACAUCAAACUCAGGGAACUGAAAGAUGAGGUUCCGUGUCCUUCAUUGCUCCAGUGUGUCCUACCUCAGCCCAUAGUGGUGACCACGGUCCAUCUCCGCAGGGCAUCUGGACUCAGACCUCCCAAAGAAACAGCUCCAGAUGUUUACGCCGUGUUGCGGUGUGAGAGCGACACCAUCAGGACAAAAGUGUUCCGAGAGGAAAGGAACCCAGAGUUCAACCUCAGGACCAUCUUCUACAGACGAUAUCCCGACAUUCACAUCUCUGUAGAGUUGUGGAGCAGAGGUCUGCUGUGGGACUCUCUGAUCGGAACGGCCCAACUCCAGACGUCAGAGUCAGAAAGGAGUCGGAAACUCGUGAUUGAUCUGCGAGGCGAGUCACUGCAUUCAGGAUCCAGAUGCUGUAUCCAUGUUGAAACAUCUUCCAGCAUCUGUCUCACAGACUUGUGACAGGUCGACAUGGUAGCAAGAGGAGCUGAUGGACAAACUGCUGAAUGGAUGAAGAAAUAACUUGGCUUAAAGUGGCUAUGUGUAUUUUUUGCCUUUAAUCUCUGGAAAAAUCCAAUGGAAUGUUGUAGAAAAUGAAUAAAAUGAUGUCGAUCCAUCCAUUCAUCCAUCAAUCCAUUUUCAUCCGCUUAUCCGGAGUCGGGUCGCAGGACCAGUAACCUAAGGCGAGAGGCCCAGACUUCCCUCUCCCCAGCCACUUGGGCCAGCUCCUCCGGAGGAAUCUCAAGGCGUUCCCUGGCCAGCUGAGAGACAUAGUCCCUCCACCGUGUCCUGGGUCUACCUUUAGGCCUCCUCCCAGUUGGACGUGCCCAGAAAACCUCACCAGGGAGGCGUCCAGGAGGCAUCCUGACCAGAUGCCCGAGCCACCUCAACUGGCUCCUCUCGAUGUGGAGGAGCAGUGGGUCUACUCCGAGCCCCUCUCGAAUGAUCAAGCUUCUCACCCUAUCUCUAAGUGAGAGCCCAGCCACUCUUCGGAGAAAACUCAUUUCGGCCGCUUGUAUCCGCGA